AUGUUGGUCAAGACUUCCUAUCGAGACGUCCCUACCACCGCCAACGGCAAGAAGGGUACUAUCCGUAUCUUCCUUGUCGAGCCCAGUCUCCCCGGCUACCCCAACGCCAAGUUCCCUGGCUGCGUGGUGUUCUCAGAGAUCUAUCAAGUCACCGGCCCCGUAGAGAGGUUUGCCAGCAACAUUGCUUCGGAAGGCUACGUUGUUGCUCUCCCUUCUUCGUUCCACGAGUUUGAGGGUCCCGAAGCCAUCCCGUAUGACACGGAUGGUACCGACAGGGGUAACCGUUACAAGAUCGAAAAGACUGUCGAGGCGUAUGACGAGGAUGCCACGCUGUCUAUCGAUCUGCUUACGAGCCUUCCCAACUGUACAGGCAGGAUAGCUUCCACAGGAAUGUGUCUUGGUGGACACUUGGCUCUACGUGCGGCCUUUGACCCUCGAGUCCAAGCUACAUUCUGCUACUUUGCUACCGAUGUGCACUCUGCUACCCUCGGUGCUGGCAAGUCUGACGACACCAUCAUCAAGGUGAAGAACGGCGACCUCACUGGCAAGGGCGAAGUUGCCAUGGUCUUUGGCAAGCAGGAUACCCAUGUCGACCGUGAGGGCCGAUCACUCAUCCGAGACACCCUCGAUGCUGCCAACUUCCUCGAGGUCCAAGCCCAACACGCAUUCAUUCGUGACGAGUCAUCCAAAGGUCGUUGGGACGCUGCCCUUACCCGUUCAUUGUUUGGUAUGAUGAUGGAGCUGUUUAACAGGAGGGUUGCUAGAGAUCUGGGGGAACCUAGUGGGGACGGAGGGAAGGUUGAGCAUGUCUGCUGA